AUGAUACCCCAGAAUUUACAGAAGAAGCCACUUCCUGCCUCCAAGGGCAAGCAGAGGGCAGCUGCGGGCUCAGCCUUGCCUGUGCGACUGACCAGCUGCAUCUUCCCGAGGCCAGUCACUCUCAUCACCGCCCACCCUGGCAACGAGGUCCGCUGUGGUCCGCAGGAGGACAAGCUGGAGAAGCCCCAGCAGCUCUGUGCCAGCUGGAGCCUGCAGGCGCUCAAGCACCAAGGCAGCAAAGAAGUUUUGAGCCAGUCAGAAUUUGCAAAAGCCUCUAGAAUAAUGACUGUAGGACACAGACGUGGAUCCCUGGGCCGAUCAGCUGCCGAGAGCGUGCAGCCUGCCCCUGGCCUGUCUCCAUUUUGGAAAGAGAUGAUCCCGGAAGCUUUGCAUCUCUUACCUCCCUCUUCUAGUCAUCACGUGACUGCCGCAGACAUCCAGAACCAGGUGGACAGAGUGAAGAAGGCCAGGCAGAGGCUGGCCCAGGCUUUAGAGGCCGACAGGCUGGCCAGAGAGGCAGAAAGGAUGCACGACCAGGAGGAGAGGGCUGCAAGCCAGGUGGGAACAGGAGCAGGGGUUGCAGGAGGACCCUCGAAGUGA